AUGUUGCCAAAGCUCUACCAACAUGUCCUGGCCUUGGGGUUUGCCAUAAAGGAGAUCAAUGAGAAUCCCAAGAUUUUGCCCAAUGUCACUCUUGGGUUCCACAUCGAUGACAGCUACCAUGAUGUCAGGAUGACCUGUCGUACCACUCUGGACCUGCUGUUUAAAUUGCACAGAUAUAUUCCAAACUAUGAAUGUGAUGCCCAUAAAAAUCUAAUGGCCAUCAUUGGAGGACUUAGCUUUGAUAUCUCCUUCCACAUGGGCCACAUCUUAGCUCUCUACAAAAUUCCACAGAUGGCUUAUGGAUCAUUUGCCCCAGAGCAGAGGGAUUCAGUGGAAUUCCUUUCUUUUUACCGUAUGGCCCCCAAUGAAGCCCAUCAGUAUAUGGGCAUCAUCCAGUUACUGCAACAUUUCAGAUGGACAUGGGUAGGACUCUUUGCUACAGAUGAUGAUAGUGGAGAACAUUUCUUGCAGCAUCUGGAGCCAUUGCUUUCCGAGAAUGGGAUCUGUUUGGCAUUUGCAGAAAGCAUCCCCAACCAAGCCCACUGGAGCGAUUUGCAUGACAUUAAUGGUUUCAUCUUAAAUAUAUAUCAACCUUUUGCAGAUGGCAAAGCCAGUGUGUGUAUCAUUUAUGGAGAAUCCAGGGCCAUUUUAGCACUGAUCACUUUUAUGUUUGUAGGCAGUCCUGGGUAUGAGGAACAGACUUCAUUUCGAAAGGUGUGGAUUAUGACAGCCCAGAUUGAUUUUGCAGUAACAGGACUUCAUAAGGGCUGGGAUUUCCAAUUCUUCCAUGGUGCCAUUUCUUUCACAAUUCACUCACAGGGGUUUUUAGGCUUCCAAAAAUUCCUUCAUGAUAUAAAACCUUAUGGGGCUCAUGGAGAUGGCUUUCUCAAGGUCUUCUGGGAACAAGCCUUUGACUGUUUAUAUCCAGAUCCUCUGGAUGGGAUGACAGAUGAUGGAACCUGUACUGGGGACGAGAAGCUGGAUGUCCUUCCUGGACCUCUUUUUGAAAUGACCAUGACUGGCCACAGCUACAGCAUCUACAAUGCAGUCUAUGCCAUAGCGCAUGCUAUCCAUGCCAUGGACAGUCUCAGAUCAAAACACAGAGAAAGUGUGGAAGCUGGAGAAACAAUGUCUUUUAAUCGAGAGAGAGAAAUGGGAGUGGGCUUUGACAUUACAAACCUGGUCACGUUCCCAAACAAGUCUUUCCUUAGAGUGAAAGUUGGAAGGGUGGAUCCAAAUGUUUUUGGACGAAAAGAGUUCAACAUCCAAGAGGAUAUGAUUGUGUGGCAAAGAACUUUUAACAAGGAGCUGCCCCUUUCAGUGUGCAAUAACUACUGCCAGCCUGGUUAUCAGAAGAAAAAGAAGGAAGGAGAGAAAUUUUGCUGCUAUGAUUGUGCUCCUUGCCCAGAAGGGAAGAUUUCAGACCAGAAGGAUAUGCCUGACUGCAUGAAAUGCGCAACAGAUCAAUAUCCAAGCAAGGACCAAGAUCAAUGUAUUCCCAAGCUGAUAAGCUAUCUGUCCUAUGAAGAGCCUUUAGGAGUUAGUUUAGGCUCCAUUGCAGUUUCUUAUUCCCUGAUCACAGUCUUAGUUCUGGGAAUUUUUAUUAAGCACAGAGAUACCCCCAUAGUGAAAGCAAACAACUGGGACAUCACUUAUGCCCUUCUUGUUUCCCUUCUGCUCUGUUUCCUCUGCUCUUUGUUAUUUCUUGGAUAUCCUAGGAAGAUGACCUGCUAUCUUCGACAAUCUGCUUUUGGCAUCAUCUUUGUAGUAGCUGUUUCUUGUGUGUUGGCCAAAACCAUCACUGUGGUUGUCGCUUUCAUGGCCACCAAACCGGGAUCCAGGAUGAGAAAGUGGGUGGGGAAAAGGCUGACCAAUUCCAUCGUUCUUUCCUGCUCCCUUCUUCAAGGAGUAAUUUGUAUGGUGUGGCUAGGAACAUCUCCUCCUUUCCCACAUUUGGACAUGCAGUCACUGAGUGAAGAGAUAGUGGCAGAAUGUAAUGAAGGAUCUGUCACGAUGUUCUAUAUUGCUUUAGGCUAUAUGGGACUUCUGUCCCUCAUCAGCUUAACUGUGGCUUUCCCAGCCAGGAAGUUACCUGACAGUUUCAAUGAAGCCAAGUUCAUCACCUUCAGCAUGCUGAUCUUUUGUAGUGUUUGGUUGUCUUUUGUUCCAACCUACCUAAGCACCAAAGGGAAGUACAUGGUAGCCGUGGAGAUCUUCUCUAUCUUGUCUUCUAGUGCAGCAUUACUGGGUUGUAUUUUUUCCCCAAAAUGUUACAUUAUUGUGCUGAGACCUGAGCUGAACACAAAGGAGCAGCUAAUAAAGAGAAAGAAUUAA